UGCAGUUUUCCAAACACCAAUAGACACCGAAGAAGAGGAAGAGGACUUCCGUUAGCCUGACACCGGUCUGAUGCUGUGACGGGCGCCGAGCAUCGGUGUAGAAGCUUCGGCCAGACCUGGCCCCCGACUGUCGGUAGACGUUUUAAAAUGACAGACGGGAGGAUUUAACGGAGACUAACGGACCGUCCGGGCUGAGGACAGUCUCCAUCAUGCUCUCUCAACAUCUAACACAGAGUGAGAUCGACAAUAGAGGGCGGGUCCUGUCUGCUGUGAACCCGCCUCCUGUCCUCUCAUUGGUGGAACCAAAAGGUGUUUUCUCCUCUUCACCUCCUCCCUCUGCUCGCUCUUCAUCUCCUCCUCACACCCUUCUUUCCUCUCCUUCAUCUUUCACUCGUCUUCGUCCCCUCUCUCCUCCUAAUCCCAUGUUCCUCACUUCUUCUCCUCCGGUCCCCCUUUCUCAUCUUUCUUCAUCCACUCCACUACCUCCUCCUUCAUCUUUUUCCUCCUCUCUUUCUACCCCCAGCCCUCCUGCUCCUCCUUCUGUGUCUCAUCCUUUGCCUCCUUACUUGUUGUCUCCCCACUCGCUCUAUCAUCCACCAUCUUUUUCUUCUGCUCCUUAUCCUCCUCAUGUUCAUCAUCACUCCUCUUGUCUCGUAUCCCCAAUUCCUUCUUCCCUUUGUUCCCCUGUCUCUUCGUCCACUGUGCAAAUCCCUCCAUCAAUUCCUCCUCCUCCUCCCCCUCCACCUCCUCAUCCUACUUGUUGCUCCUGCUCCUCCCUUCUUCCUCGCCUCCUGUCAGCUCACCGGUUGGAGGUUCGGCGUCUCUUGCGCGGAGCUCUUGCGUCUCUGGGUCGUCGUCUGGACACUCUGGAGAGGAGGAGCAGGAGGAACGGGCAGAAGAAGAAGAGAAUGACGGGAGGAGGAGCCUGGUGUCAAGCUCCUGCUGCCUCUUCCGCCGCCUCCUUCUCUUGCUCCUACUCAGUUAUCUCUGCCGUCCUUCCUCCUGUCUCCUCCUCUUUAUCAUCGUCAGUGAAGUCAGAGAGUGAGGAGUCAUCCACGGCUCCUGCUCUGUCUGUUUUUGACCAAUCAGAGCAGAGGAGGGGGGAGAGCAGGGGCCAUGAGGAUGAGGUGAGGAGGAGAAAGAGGAAGAACAAAUAUGUUGUAGAAGAAGAAGAAGAGGAUGCUGGGAGGUUUGUUGGACAGAUGGCGGUCUCCUUCAGAGGAGCAGGAGCAGAGAAAGAGGAGGGGCCAAUCACCCUGCACAACUUCAAACACAAGAAACACAGAGGCGGAGGAACUAGCCAAUCAGGGAAGACCGUCAGUGUUGUCAGACAAAAUGGUUACAGACCACUGCUAAUAAACGGCGUCCUCAGCUCAUCAUCCCAGGAUGACGUCCACCUUCUCCAAUCAGCUCAGAGUCUUCAGACAUGCAGCCAAUCAGAAGCCUUCGCUGUCUCACCCAGCCAAUGGUGGUUCUCUGACGUGACUCCUCGCCUCACUUCCAAUCUCAGUGCCUUCGGCCUGUGGCUCGGCUCUUCCUCGUCUUCAUUUAACCCCGCCUCCAUGUUACGGUUUUCAGUGGUCACAGUAGAGACGAUAAUGGACUCGGUUAGGGGCGGGACAUGUGGGAAUCCCCCACGGCCCCUGAAGGACUGGUCGGCCCCGCCCAGUGUGAGCAGCGAUCACUGUUAUGUGCGAACACCAAGCCGAACGUUUUCCACCCGGCGACAGCACAAGCAGCGAAGCACUCAGAGCCCCCCCCUUCCCUGGAGGCGGCCCCUGCCUCUCCCCCCCUGCUCAGCCAAUGGAUUGUCUGCUCCUUUUACUGGCAGCCAAUCAGUAGCAAGCACUGAGUUCCUAAACUCAAAGGGAGAGCGCAGUAAACGUGUCUCUGAGAUUCGAAUCCGCCGGACGACGCCACGGGAAACGCUGCUCACACCGAUGGGACUGCCAAAAGUGAAAAGGUUAAAGAAAAAGGAGUUCAGUCUAGAAGAGAUUUACACCAACAAGAACUACAAAUCCCCCACCACCAACAGGAGUCUGGAGACGAUUUUUGAAGAGCCACGGGAGAAGGAUGGAGCGCUGCUCCUGAUUGGUCAGCAGAGAAGACGCAGGGUGCUUCUCUUCCCUGACUUCACUCAGCCCAGGAAGAGGAAGAGACCCCAAGGGGCGUGGUUUCCAGGUGGCACAUUUCCCAGGAAGCGUGCAGCUGCUCGGCGACAUUGCCAUGGCGAGGGCUGCGGUGAAGAUGACAUGGACCUUGAUGUGAUGCUGGUGGAGCGACUGAGCGCGCUCGAAGACUUUCUCACACAACAGGGCCUGGAUGUGUGAACUGUGACAUCACUUCCGGUCUGCUGACUUUGGCCAAACAAACAGCUGCUAGCAUACCUGCUAACUGCCGUGUUACCCUGGUGAUGUCAUCAGGAAGGCGGUCUCAUGUUACAGGGUUUUUUCUUUGCUGUGUACUUGAUGUUUGAUUUUUUUUUUACAGUGUAGACUGUUUUAAUGUGAAUAUUUAAUAUUUUUUAUUGUGGUUGACGUGAAAUUACCUGUUCAGAGGCCACACCCCCUGAAGGUAACACUUCCACCUCAUAAAAAAAAUGAAAACAGACGCUAUCGCACGGUAAAUAUUUUUAAAGUGUAAUAUAUAUUUCUGCUGAAAGUGUUUCUAUUUUUGGAACAAAUAAAGUUUUUUCUGAUCACUUAA